AUGGCGGACAGUGCGCCUGCGACGCCGGCAGAGCGGCAGAGCGUCGGCGCGCACCACCGCAUCGGCAUGCGUCGUGUCGCGCACCUUGCCCGGCCGCGGCCCGCGCGCACCAACUCCCUCAGCGUUGCUUUUCUUCUGUUACCACUGUUCUGCAUUAUUACUGCAGAAUCAACGCAAGUCACAUCGCCUUAUGAUGGGUUGACUCGGUCACUAUUCUGCAAGUCCUUGGUUGUGGGCGUAUUCGACAAAAUUAGUAUAACGAAAGUGUUAGAAGGAUACCAAAGAGACCGUCGUGAAGCUGCAUAUUCUCCUCGAGGUCGGUAUCGGGGUCAGACACAGUCCCAAUACCUCGCAAUAGAUCGAGGAAGUGGCAAAGAUGAAGGGAAAGCCGAAGCCCAUUCCGCUGCGGAUUCAUCCCGAGCUACCGUUGUUGGAAACAGCGGCAUGGGCCAAGCCCAGAGUCAAUCGAUGUAUGAUCCGAGCUGUGAUGAUUGUUUGGGUCGUAACGAUUUGGGGGCAGAAAGUUUGAAACGCCGCCCAGGAGACAUAUCCGGUCAUAAUGGUUCGCCGGGAAGUAAUGGAGUUGGUAGUGGUUCCAAUAGACUCGGACCUGGCCAGAUGGUCGAUCCUGGAACUAAUGGCUAUGGAGGUAAUCCUAAUCAAGGCGGUACACAUGGUGAUAACUACAACGGACAGUAUGGACAUCCUGGCAUAGCUGGACCUGGUGCUGGAUUUAGUCCUGGUAAAGACGGAACACAAGGCGGUACACCAUUUGGGACUGGACAAGGCUAUCAACCAGGAGGCACGCACAACGGAGGAAUGGGGCCCCAUAGCCAAUCUGGUUAUGGAAUAAAUCCUGAUGGAACGCAAACCACACAUGGUCCCAAUACUGGAGUUGGAGUUGGCACCCCCGGUACAAAGUAUGGAAUUGGUCAAACGGGCGACGGUACACACGGUGGUACGGCCCCUGGGAUAGUUGGAAAGUACGGCCCUACGGACAGCUCUCAAAAUGGAAAUGGCAACAUCGGGCCAGGUAACCAAAGAUACACACCUGGAGGUUCAAACAAUGGAGGUAACAUACCACCAGGUUCCUUAAUGCUGCCACAAAACGGAGUUGGAACUUAUGGUCCAAAUCAAAGCGGGCGACCAGGUGAUGGCGGCAUAUAUCAAGGUGGCCAAAAUGGAUAUCCCGGACAAAACGGUCGUUACCCAGGAGGAUCAAACUGGCCGUUUAGUGUUCUGGGAGCUGAUGGUGUCAAUUAUUAUUGCUGUGUUCCCCAAAACGGUCAAGGUGGUGGUAGUGGAAGUGGAUACAAGCCACCUGGGGCUAUUGGAUCGCCCACCGGUGGCCAGGUAGGUGGUGGACAAUACGGACCUGGAGGGCAAUACACACCUGGCGGAACUGGAGGACAGUACGGCCCUGGCUCAGUUGGAACUGGUACUAGUGGCCAUUAUGGCCCUGGGUCGGGUACGGGUGGUCAGUACGGGCCUGGUACUGGUGGCCAAUAUGGACCAGGUGGUUCAGAGGGGCAAUAUAAACCCGGCGGCCCUGGUUCUGUAAUCGGCACUGGAGGACAAUAUGGACCUGGGGGCCCUGGAUAUGGUACCGGUGGGCAGUAUGGACCAGGAGGAUCUGGAGGUGGCACUGGCGGCCAAUAUGGGCCUGGUGGUCCUGGUUCGGGAACAGGUAUAGGUGGGCAAUAUGGACCAGGUGGCAGUGGUGGCCAAUAUGGUACUGGUGGACCUGGGUCGGGAACUGGCACUGGAGGUCAAUAUGGACCAGGAGGCACUGGCGGACAAUAUGGCCCAGGUGGGCCUGGAGCUGGAACUGGCUCCGGUGGACAGUAUAGACCAGGUGGCCCAGGAAGUGGCACUCCUGGACAAUAUGGACCAGGUGGUACUGGAGGGCAAUAUGGGCCUGGUGGCACCGGUGCUGGAACAGGCACUGGUUCCCAAUAUGGGCCUGGUGGCCCUGGAACCGGAACCGGCACUGGAGGUCUAUAUGUGCCUGGAGGUCAGGGUGGGCAGUAUGGGCCUGGUGGACCCGGAAGCGGUACAGGUGGACAAUAUGGACCUAGUGGUCCGGGUGGACAAUAUGGUCCUGGCAGCGUUGGUUCUGGAACUGGUGGGCAAUAUGGACACGGAGGCCCCGGAUCUGGAUCUGGCACUAGUGGGCAAUAUGGUCCUGGAGGCCCUGGAUCGGGAACUGGAGGUCAAUAUGGACCUGGAGGUACUGUAUCUGGAACUGGCACUGGAGGUCAAUAUGGACCUGGAGGUACUGGAUCCGGAACUGGAACUGGAGGUCAAUAUGGACCUGGAGGGCCUGGAUCUGGAACUGGAGGACAAUAUGGAUCAGGAGGUCCUGGUUCAGGGACUAGUGCUCAAUAUGGCCCAGGUGGAACUGGAACACAAUAUGGACCUGGUGGACCCGGUUCUGGAACCGGCACUGGAGGACAGUAUGGUCCUGGCGGAACUGGAUCUGUGACUGGUGGACAAUAUGGGCCAGGUGGCCUUGGUUCUGGUACAGGCACGGGAGGACAAUAUGGGCCAGGUGGCUCUAGUUCUGGUACAGGCACCGGAGGACAUUAUGGACCUGGAUCUGGCACCGGAGGACAGUAUGGGCCAGGAGGUCCCGGCGCUGGAACAGGCUCUGGUGGCCAAUACGGGCCUGCUGGCCCAGGCAGCGGCACUGGAGGUCAGUACGGGCCAGGCGGCACUGGAGGUCAAUAUGGACCUGGGGGCCCUAGUUCUGGUACAGGCACUGGAGGACAAUAUGGACCUGGGGGUCCUGGUGGGCAAUAUGGACCUGGAGGCCCUGGAACUGGAACUGGCACUGGAGGCCAGUAUGGACCAGGGGGUACUGGUUCAGGAACUAGCACGGGGGGACAAUAUGGACCAGGUGGCCCUGGUUCUGGAACAGGAACUGGAGGACAAUAUGGACCUGCGGCUCCUGGAUCUGGAUCAGGCACUGGAGGACAAUACGGACCUGGAGGUCCUGGAUCUGGAUCAGGCACUGGAAGUCAAUACGGCCCAGGUGGCACUGGUUCUGGAACAGGAACUGGAGGACAAUACGGACCAGGUGGCCAUGGUUCUGGAACAAAUACGGGUGGACAGUAUGGACCUGGGGGCCAUGGAUCUGGAUCAGGCACUGACGGACAAUACGGUCCAGGUGGCCCUGGUUCUGGAACAAGUACGGGUGGACAGUAUGGACCUGGGGGUCCUGGAACCGGAACCGGCACUGGAGGACAAUAUGGACCAGGUGGCCCUGGUUCUGGAACAAGUACGGGAGGACAGUAUGGACCUGGGGGCCCUGGAUCUGGAUCAGGCACUGGAGGACAAUACGGACCUGGUGGCCCUGGUUCUGGAACAAGUACGGGUGGACAGUAUGGACCUGGGGGCCCUGGAUCUGGAUCAGGCACUGGAGGACAAUACGGACCAGGUGGCCCUGGUUCUGGAACAAGUACGGGUGGACAGUAUGGACCUGGGGGCCCUGGUUCUGGAACAAGUACGGGUGGACAGUAUGGACCUGGGGGCCCUGGAUCGGGAACUGGAGGACAAUAUGGGCCAGGCGGCACUGGAGGCCAUUACGGACCUGGCGGCCCUGGUACUGGAACUGGUGGAAAUUAUGGUCCAGGUGGACCAGGAGCUGGUACUGGAGGGCAAUAUGGCCCAGGCACUGGAACUGGUGGACAGUUUGGACCAGGUGCUGGAAGUGGAACAGGUGGACAGUAUGGCCCAGGAUCUACAUACAAUCCUUAUGCUCCAGGCGGUCCUGAUAAUCAAGCGGGUUCAGGCGGUAAUCAAAAUGGUGUACCACAAAAUGUCAUCGAUCCCAACUCUAUUAUUGACGGGGACGAUUCAGAAGCUCAAGCAAGUGUGAACCAAGCAGCUAAUGGAACAGUUGCGUCUGCGUCGUCUAAAGGUGGCAACGACAAAGGAAGAGCGCAGACACAUGUACAGGGUACUUACACAGGCAGUGGGUCUUUCUCAGCUCAAGCAGAAAUUACUGGUGAAAAUAAAGCCGCUAGCAGCCAGGUGGCUGGUGACAAAAAAAGUGCUUCAAGUACAGCUCAAGGCAGCGGUCGAAACAACAAAUCACAAGCUAAUGUCGAGCUUGGUUUAGAAACCGGUUCAGUUGUAACUGGAUCACAAAGUGAAGGUCUACUGCACUCGUCUAAUUCACAAGUCCAAGGCAGUGUUAAAGGAGGAAUGGCCGACGCACAAGCACGAGGACCAGGUAGUACAUCUUCUCAAGCACAAAUAGGAUUUACACCCUACAAAGAUGGUGAUAAAUCUCACGACGCCCAGAAAACUCCAUUUGUUGGAGGAGGCGUAGCUUCCGCACAAUCCAGCGGUAGAACUGGUAUGUCACAAUCACAACUACAUGGCACCUUCAAAUAUGGCAUAACAUACAACGGUGCUGCUCAGGCAGGAUCUAGUUUAGACAAAGAUGCUGUAUUCCCAAAUAGAUUACCUUUUGAAAAGAUUGACGUCAAUGAUCCAAGCAAUAAGAAUAUUAACAUAAAUGAUGAAGCCAAUAAAAACAUCAACGUUAAUGAUGAAAUCAAUAAAAACCUUAAUAUUAAUGAUGAUAAUCUCAACAUCACAGAAACAAUAGAAUAUACAACUCCUGGCCCUCAAACAGAUCCGUCUACAACUGAAUUAUCAUAUUUACCGGAUGUACAAGAGUCGGAUAAGGAAGAACCACUUGGACAGCCUGAAGAAUCUUAUGACAACCAUAAACACGAAGAUCAUCAUUUGAACGAUCCAUCAUUGGUACCUACUCGUUCACCACCAGUAGAGAGUAGGCGAUCAUUCCAACCAUCAUACAGCCCCGACGGAGACUACGAAUAUUCUCCAGAUAAAGAUGAUACUCCACCGGAAGACUACGACGAUGGUUUCGGUCCUGAAGGAACAGAUGCUGCAGAUAGCGAACAGGGUUACAUUAAUCCUAGUUAUAAUGAAUUCUCUAGAGACCCUGAAACAACACAUCAGUCUCUUCACAGUCCCAAAAGAAAAGGCAUAGAAGUGAGACAGACGACAGGUGGUAACACGCAACAUAUAUUGUUAGGCUCCUUGACAGAUCAAGAUGCAGAAAUUACACAGCGAAAUUCCGAACGCCCUGAUGAAAGUCGAAUAUACCUACCUGGAGAACGUGUACCGGGUACUGGCGGCUACACGAUACCUAUUGGAUUCACUGGUAGUGUCAAAUCUGUAGCAUCUAAAGAUAAGACUUACGUAGUGGGUUCCAAAGAAUCUCCUUCACAAGCACAAACAGUGUCCCUUACUUCAGGAAGCGGCAAAAUCAAAUACAAAUACCCACCAUACCCGAGAAAUGUCAAUCCGAAAAAUCUGAGAUCUUUAUACAGUCCUAAGCCUGACGAUAGUAACAGGUACGUCUCGGUAUCUAAAUCAGUCACACGUGACCUAGACGGCGAAAAUAAUGUUCGCAAACAAUAUUCUCACACAUACUAUACAAAAUCCUCAUCCUGUGGCUAUUUUACAUUUACUUGUACUAUGGUCAGCAGCGCUGAGGGUAGGAAAAAGGUUUGCAAGCCCAAAAUUCCCACAAACCCAGAUGGAACACCAAUGAGGUGUAAUUAGAACUAGAAAAUACCUACUAUUUAAAUAAUUCUAACCAUUGUACAGACAAAUUCAUUACGUAAGUUUCAUUGGUGCUAGUUAUUAAGAUAUUUUAGAUAGCAGUA